AUGAUUAUGACAACCUGCGAUAGUCACAAUGUUUAUGAGACUCUUGAAUUGUUGUCAGCUGCUGGAGUUCAAAAAUCAAAACUAAGAAUUGAUCAUUUGAUUAUUAAAUCAAUUUUAGCUGGUGUUUUUCUAUCCUACAGUGGUCUUUUUCUUCUUAUUGUUGGUGGUGGAAGUGCUCCAUUGGCUCAGAAUCUUGGUCCUGGUAUACAGAGAAUGGUACAAGCUGCCGUAUUUCCUAUUGGUUUAAUUUUGAUUGUUACUACGGGUGCUGAGUUAUUUACUGGAAACACAAUGAUAUUAACGAUAUCAACAUUACAGAAAAAAACAACAUGGAUUCAUCUUGUAAUAUCAUGGGGAGUCUCGUUUUUUGGAAAUCUUGCUGGCAGUCUUUUUUGCGAGGGUAUACUUAUUUACUAUGCAGGUCUUCUCUCUAAUGAUCCUUAUCGUUCAUAUACUAUAAAAAUUGCUGAAAUAAAAGGUACCAAUGAAUGGCAUCAAGAAUUUUUAAGAGCUAUUGCUGGAAAUUGGCUUGUAUGUCUUGCCGUAUGGUUGGCUACAAGUGCACGUGAUUUACAUUCAAAAAUAAUCGGUAUUUAUCUGCCUAUCUGGCUUUUUGUUAGUGUUGGAUAUGAACACUCCAUUGCUAAUAUGUUUACAGUUCAAAUUGGUAUGAUGCUUGGUGCUAAUCUAUCUGUUGAAAAGUAUAUUUCGUGUUUAUUGAUUCCAACCACGCUUGGAAAUAUUAUAAGUGGAGCAGUUUUUGUUGGUUUUAUAUAUUGGUACCUUUAUUCACCAAAGGAGACUAAUACUGAUUCUAAAAAUGAUGAUAAGUCAACAGUUUGUGUAACUCAUCAAGUCGUGAAAGUGCCAGAGGAAACAUAUGAAAUUGUAAAAUUAUAA